AUGCCACCCUACCCGAAAAUACAGGCUCUGUACCUCAGUGCGAAUUACGGCGCCCCUGGGGAUCUUGACGAGGCACUGCAAGGUGUUGAUGUUGUGAUUAACUUGCUUGGAAGUGAGUCUCUUUCCUUAGCCCAUUCUCCCUCUUUUACCCUCUUUCUCUCGUCAACUGUCGUUUUUAUUUUUCUGCCCCGUUCUUUCGCCUGCUGGUCGUUUGCUCUGCCACGCUGGCGCAUUUCGUUUUGCAUUUAUAUUUUUAUUCAGGCGAUGUUGAACGUCAAUGCGUUCUUACAGCGGAGGCUGACAUGUGCUGCUUGAAGUGUACCCGGAAUCCUGGGCUCAACUUGGCGAGGCCGCUUACCGAACUGGGGCUAGUCUGUACAUUCCCUCUGAAUUGUAAGUAUCAGCCUGACCAACCAAAUGCAACUAAACCAUCCCUCAGUAGCAUCGCCCACAUGCGUUGUCACUUCAUUUUAAAGGGCUUUAAAAAUGGUGUAACUGACUAUGUUAUCACUAUUGAAGUGGCCCGGACCAUAGAUCCUUCGAUUACCAGUCGCCAUUUGAACAGAAGCGAGUCCAAUCAGAACAAACAAGAGAAAAGGGCAUCAAAUCCGUUCAAAUAUUUUGCGGGGUCUUCAUGGAGCACGCCCUCCCUGUUGGGAGGCAUCUGGGGAUCGAUCUGCCAGGCCGAAGUGUCACAGCCGUUGUCCCGACAGGCGGCUCAGACCCCAGAGUCUCCUUCACUUCUGUGACGGAUGUUGCCAUGACCAUUGCGUCUGUCGCUUGUAGGAGGCCGAGUGUCCUCCCCGACGCAAUUCAAAUUGCCAGUGGCACUUGGACGUUAAGGCAACUGGGGGAGUAUUACCAGAGCCUCAUCGGUGCUACGGUGCAUGUCACAACACAAGAUUAUUUAGCCUUCAGGGAGUCAGUGCUUAACAGUGACCACCAGAGCCCCAGCAGUCACUACCAAUUGGCUGCUGGAGCAGGUUUAUUGGAUUACAGCACUACCAAUUCUAACGAUUGGGUCAGCGCUGGAAUGUGGGAGUGGAGAUCCAUACAGCAGCAUCUUACCGGUAUUUAG